AUGCAGUUGAACAUUAUCCAUCUUGCCACUCAAGUUCUUCUGGCGAUACCAUCAUCAUGCCAUCCUCAAUCCAGGGACUGGCGUAAUUGGCAGGUAGAUGCGACCACUGUGCAAGACACUUAUGACUACAUUGUUGUUGGUGGCGGACAGUCCGGCCUAGUUGUUGCCAACCGGCUGUCUGAAGAUGCUAACGCUAGCGUACUGGUAGUGGAAUACGGCCACUUCGAUAACAACCCAGAGCAAAUACAGCCGUCGAGCGUUCGCAAUGGUUGGCCACCGCAGGAUCUCUACAAUCUUAGCUCGGUCCCUCAAGUUGCACUCCUUAACCGCGUCCAGAAGGUUUAUUCUGCUGCUGUGGUUGGGGGCGGAUCAACGGUGAAUGGGAUGAUGCUUCAUCGUGGCGCAGCUGAUGACUACAACAACUGGGCUCUGCUCAACAACGACACUGGCUGGAGCUUUGAGGGCCUGUUACCGUACUUUGUCAAGCCCUCUCAGGCUCUAGUCGACCAAUUCAAUAUGACAUGGCACGCCGAUGUCUAUGGACAAGGUCCGAUCCAUGUCAGCUUCGCUCGGUUCCAAUACCCCGGGCUUCUUCCUCAGUGGGCGGGUAUGGAGGAAGUCGGUGUUGCUCCACAAGUUGAAGGUGCUGGCGGUCAUGGUUAUGGGGUAUACUGGUACCCUAAUGCGAUAGAUGACGCCACAGUAACUCGGUCUUACGCAGUGAGCGGCUACUAUGCUCCAGUCGCUGAACGUCCGAACCUGAGCCUUCUCACUGGCCACCGAGUGAACAAGAUCCUGCUAGACGAGACGCUCCGUGCGACAAGCAUCCUCGUUCAACCACGUGGUGAUCACGAACCUACAGAAAUUAUGACUCUUGAGGCGCGCAAAGAAAUCGUGUUGGCAGCAGGAGCACUUCAUAGCCCACAGAUACUCCAGAGAAGCGGAGUAGGGCCAUCGGCGCUGCUUCGAGAUUAUGGCAUCAAGGUUUUAGUGGACUUGCCUGGAGUCGGUUCGAACCUUCAAGACCAUCCCAUAAACCAUCUCACAUUCAACUACACGAAAAACCUUGACCCAAAUCCGACAGAUAUGCAAAGCAACGCCUCCUUUAUAGAAUGGGCAAGUCAGGUAUGGGAGGAGAGUAGGAAAGGCCCGCUAUCUACAACUACGGGUAAUACAGCUGCCGUUGUACCGCUCCGACAAGUGGCACCGGAUACGUGGGAUGACAUUGCGAGGGAGCUCUCGAACCAGAAUGCAACGCUGUUCCUUCCUCAGUCUUACACCAAGGAGCAAAUUGCUGGAUACGAAGCACAGCGGCUUCUGCUUGCCGACUCGUUCUCGAGGACGGAUAAUGCAGUCGUCGAGGUGCCAUUUUCAGGAGCCAGCAGCUUCAUCCUGAUGAUGACCAAAGAAGUCAGUCGUGGGACGGUGCUCUUGGACCCGGAUGAUUGGUAUGGCAAUCCGAUCGUGGAUUACCACACGUUUGAGAACCCAGUUGAUUCGAGAAUCAUGGUCGAAAGUUUCAAGUUCGGACGUAGAUGGCAUCAGACAGCGGCCAUCAUCCAGACAUUUGCACCGGUUGAAGAUAGUCCAGGUGUGAAUAUUACGAGUGAUGAGGCGUUACUCAAGUUCGUUACGAAUACCACUUCAUCCUCUACCGGGCACAUGUCGGGAACAUGUGCCAUGAUGCCACGGCAUCUUGGUGGUGUCGUUGGGCCAGAUUUGCUGGUCCAUGGCAUUACAGGCCUGAGCAUUGUGGAUGCUUCUAUCAUACCACUGAUUCCCGGCGCACACACUUGUGGCACAGUGUACGCAAUUGCUGAGAAGGCAGCGGACUUGAUUAAGCGGCGACACCGAGCAAAACCACCAUCACCGGACUCAUUUAACUUACCUCUGCGGAUGGAGAAGCCUCGCUGA